GUACUACCUGUAUGGUGGCUUCCGUGGGUGUUCUGGUGAAAAGAGAUAUGACAUCGUGUGAAAUGAAAACUUCGUCUUGUUGCAUUUUUAUGUUUUUUAGUUCUUCUGCCAGUUGUUUUGAGUUUUUGCAGUGUUGGUCUGUGAGUCCUAGUAAUGGUUUAAUUAUUUCGGGAACAUUGCACGACAGUGACUCUAACUUGAAAACACAGUCUACUGAAACCAAUGACCAGGCAGGAGUGAGCAGGGAGACUUGGGACAGUUUGUAUUCCCAUAAAUUAAUUCCAGCCAAUCAGGUUUAAGAUUACAUCAGAAGUUAGAUGUUGCCUCUUAGAGUGACCGACUUCCUUUGAAGCCAUGAAACUGGACACUGCAGCAAGGGAUCCCGUGCUCCUGAUGUGUUCUCACAGCUUCUGUCGGCUCUGUCUGGAACAGUUCUGGCAACACGCCGAGUCUCCCACAUGUCCUCUAUGCAGAACGAACUCGUCAGUGAAUCAUCUUCCAUGUAAUCUCGCUCUGAAGAACCUGUGUGAGGCUUUCAUACAGGAGAGCAACCAGACAGCUUUAGCUGAAGAUGAGAUUCUCUGUGCACUGCAUAACAUGAAGCUUACACACUACUGUCUGGAGGAUAAACAGCCUGUGUGUGUGACAUGUCAAACCUCAAAAAUACAUGAUCAUCACUGCUUUAAACUGCUCGAUGAAGUGGCAGCGGAACUGAAGUUGGACUUGAAAAGAAAACUGGCACCACUGAAGGAGCGACUGGAACUCUUCAGAAAUGCAAAACAAACUUGCAUCCAAACCGAGUACUAUAUUAAGUGCCAGGCCCACUACACCGAGUCUCUGAUCAGGAGGGAGUUUGAGAAGAUUCACCAGUUUCUUUGGGAUGAAGAGGCCUCCAGAGUGUCUACUCUAAGGGAAGAGGAGAUACAGAGAGCUGAUGCAGUGGGGAUGAAGAUGACCCAAAUUAACAGAGACAUUUUAGUCCUCUCUGACAAAAUUACAGCUAUCGAGGAAGGAAUAGAAGACAACAACAUUUCAUUUCUGCAGAACCAUGAAGCUACUUUGAAAAGAACUGAGUGCGAGCAGGAGGAUCCUGAGAUCAACUCUGCAUCAUUGAUCAAUGUGGCAAAGCAUCUGGGCAACCUGAAGUUCAGAGUGUGGGAGAAGUUGCUGAGUGUUAUCAAAUACAGUCCGGUUAUCCUUGACCCGAACUCCGCUCACCCCUGUCUGCACCUGACUGACAAUCUGACCAGAAUGGAGCUUCAGAACAACAGUCCAGAGCUUCCAGUGAACCCAUUGAGAUUCAAGGACUAUUCAAGUGUCAUCGGCUCUGAGGGAUUUGAUUCAGGUAAACACUGCUGGGAAAUUGAGGUUGGAAACAGCUCAGCGUGGGCCAUCGGUGUGAUCUCAGAGUCUGCGUAUAAGCAUAAAGAAAUCCUCUCAAAGCAGGGUCUAUGGUAUAUAGGUUACUACAAGGGGAAAUAUGGGCAAGGCUUGUCAGGUGAGAUGCUCACGCUGAUCAACCUGAAGGAGAAACUCCAGCGGAUCCGAGUGCUGCUGGACUGGGAUGGAGGCCGUGUCUCGUUCUUCGACACUGUCAAUGAUACUCAUGUGUAUACCUUUGAACACACAUUCACCGAGCGAGUGUAUCCAUACUUCUGUAAUGCAUGUCCUGAUAAAGCUCUGAGAAUUGUCUCAUUGGGACUGUCUAUUACUGAAGAGUAGUGUGGAUAUACAACAAGCUUCAUAACUCGCAAAAGAGCUGCACAAGUUAACAUGAUACUGGUGGGCUUUGCUAAUAGCCCAAGAGCAUUAGCUCAAAAUUGAGUCCAACCCAGAACAAAUUAGUAACAAGCUGAAUUUUUCAGAAUA